UGCUAUGAAUAUUUAUCAUACAGAAGCCGAGCUUCGUGGGGAGAGGAAGGCACUCGGGGGUUCUCCCGUGCCCCGUUACUAGUGUUAGCUAACCCCACCGCUGUAAGCUCGCGAGUCGUACGGAAUACAAGGGACAGGUUUUCCGCUGAGGGAGGACAGCUCUGCAGUUGUUUGGGGCCACGAUUCUCUGGGUAGAGAAAUCCAACACAGACGCAGGCCAGGGCUGUCAUCGGCAACUGCGACGUCUUCGCCAAUAGAGUCCAGAAGCCGACGGAAGCUCAGAAACACCUGCUGAGGAUUUCUUAUUCAUGCCCAUUCUGGGCUGGAUGGACCUGUAGUGCUGCGAGUGAUAUCACAAGCCAACGUUUGUAUCAUUUCGUGUUCAGUGGAUUCCUUGAACUCGAGACUGCUGCUUCAACAUGGGAGGAUACGCGGCGAUUGUUGCGGUCCUGUUGAGUACAUUGCUAAGAUGCGGGAAUACGGUUCCUGUUCAGGGGGAUUCACAAAGUGUGGCGAACGCUUCCAAGCCGAUCAUCUCUACUGCUAGCGUCAACACCCCCGCCGGUGGGAUGGUCUUCAACCAUGUUUACAACAUCAACGUGCCGCCGGUGCUGUGCGCCAGAGGCGGCGCCGACGGGCAGGUGACGAAAACGUCGGGCACGGUGGAGGUGGGAGAGGGCGGCGACGGCGCGCCGUUCCUCGCCAACACCUUCGUGCCAGGCGGUGGAAGCGGAGGAUGCUGCAACAACAACGGCGGCGGAGCCGGCGGGGAUUUGUUGAACGGGGAGACGGGAUCUCUGGUCACGGCUCUGCAGGAAAGCACGGAGGAUCUCAAGAAGCAACUCGCGGAGCUGCUGAAGGAGUUCGAGCAGUUCAAGCAGUCAUGUGGAUGCGUCGGAGCACAGGGCCAGCCCGGCGUUUGCGACCCGACGUGCAAGUACGGGAAAUGCGUGAACGGCAGGUGUGUGUGCGACGAGGGCUUCACAGGUGACGACUGCUCGGAGCGUGCCUGUCCUGACAACUGCAAGGACCGCGGCGACUGCGUCAACGGCGUCUGCGUCUGUAAACCUGGAUUUACCGGGGCCGAUUGUUCGCAGAGAGCGUGUGUGCCCGACUGUGGGGACCGCGGCCGCUGCGUGGAUGGCGUGUGCCAGUGCGAGCCAGGGUUCGAAGGCCCCACCUGUACGUCCCGUUCGUGCCCAGGUAACUGCAUGGGCAGGGGAGUAUGUGUCGACGGAGUCUGCCAGUGCGAGCCUGCCUUUACCGGCCCGGAUUGCUCUUCACCCAGCUGCCCCAACGACUGUUUCGGCAGAGGUGUUUGUGUCGACGGCGUGUGCCAGUGCGAGCCCGGCUACUUUGGCGAGAACUGCGCAGCAGAGCUCACCGUACCGGCGCCCAUCUCGGGUGUCUUCACCAGGGACAUCACCAUCAACUCCGUCUUCAUCGGCUGGGUGGAGGAGGACUACGUGGACAACUACCUCCUGGAGUACCGCCGCACCAACGAGCUCAACGGCUGGAACGAGAUCGAGGUGUUCGAGCCCGGCUACACGGUGACGGGCCUGGCCUCCGCCACGGAGUACCAGUUCCGCGUGUCCGGAGUCAACGCCAAGGGCAGAGGCGAACCCAGCGACGUGGUGGAGGUCGCCACGAAAGGGCCAGAGUUAUUCGACCCCAGCCCUCCGCGGGACGCUCGCGGCCAUUCCGUGGAUCCUUACAGUGCCAUUGUGCAGUGGAAACCACCCGUCAACGGAUCCGCCGUCAUUUCCGGGUACAGGUUGAUCUACCAGCGGGGAGAUGACGGUCCUCUUCAACACGUUGACAUGAAUAAACCAAUGAACUUUUACUACGUCUUGCAAAACGUGUCUCCAGACUCGACGUACAACAUGUGGAUUGAACCAUACAGCCCUGGGGGUCGUGGGCCUCAGAGUGAACGUUUCGUCGUAUACACGAUGGCCGCAGGCGGUGGUGGGACUGUUCCUCGCCCGGAAACGGGUACUGACAAAGACUCAGGUGAACAAAACACCAUCAACCCAGGUGCUCCUGUGGGAUUGAGUGGACAACCUGUAGAUCCUUACAACAUUCGUGUGGAAUGGCAACCUCCCACUAACCCUACAGAUGACAUCCAAGGGUACAAACUGCAGUACCAGAAGCCAGGAGACAGAUACCCACAAACUGUGAACAUGGGCAACCCACCUGAUCGUACAUAUAUCCUGCGAGAAGUGUCUCCAGACACACAGUACAACAUGUGGGUGACUCCGUAUGGUCCUAGAGGUGACGGACCUCAGAGUCAACAUCUUACAGUACAAACUCAGCCUGUAGAAGGUCCAGGGACUGGCCCAGGAACAGGCACUGAUUGGAGACCAGGUGAGGUGACGGACCUCAGAGUCAACAUCUUACAGUACAAACUCAGCCUGUAGAAGGUCCAGAGACCGGCCCAGGAACAGGCACUGAUGGGAGACCAGGUGUGGCAACCUCCAACUAACCCAACCGACACAAUAGCUGGUUACAAGUUACAAUAUCAGAAGCCAGGAGACAGUUCACCACAAACUGUGAACAUGGGCAACCCACCUGAUCGUACAUACAUCUUGCGAGGAGUGUCUCCAGACACACAGUACAACAUGUGGGUGACACCGUAUGGUCCUAGAGGUGACGGACCUCAGAGUCAACAUCUUACAGUACAAACUCAGCCUGUAGAAGGUCCAGGGACAGGCCCAGAAACAGGCACUGAUGGGAGACCAGGUGGACAAGAUGUUGUCAACCCUGGAGCUCCAAUUGGAGUUAGUGGACAACCUGUAGAUCCUUACAACAUCCGUCUGCAGUGGCAACCUCCAACUAACCCUACUGACGACAUCUAUGGGUACAAGUUGCAAUAUCAGAAGCCAGGAGACAGUUCCCCACAAACUGUGAACAUGGGCAACCCACCUGAUCGUACAUACGUCUUACGAGGAGUGUCUCCAGACACACAGUACAACAUGUGGGUGACACCGUAUGGUCCUAGAGGUGACGGACCUCAGAGUCAACAUCUUACAGUACAAACUCAGCCUGUAGAAGGUCCAGGGACAGGCACUGAGGGGAGACCAGGUGAGGUGACGGACCUCAGAGUCAACAUCUUACAGUACAAACUCAGCCUGUAGAAGGUCCAGGGACUGGCCCAGGAACAGGCACUGAUGGAAGACCAGGUGUGGCAACCUCCAACUAACCCAACUGACACAAUAGCUGGUUACAAGUUACAAUAUCAGAAGCCAGGAGACAGUUCCCCACAAACUGUGAACAUGGGCAACCCACCUGAUCGUACAUACAUCUUGCGAGGAGUGUCUCCAGACACACAGUACAACAUGUGGGUGACACCGUAUGGUCCUAGAGGUGACGGACCUCAGAGUCAACAUCUUACAGUACAAACUCAGCCUGUAGAAGGUCCAGGAACUGGCCCAGGAACAGGCACUGAUGGGAGACCAGGUGGACAAGACGUUGUCAACCCUGGUGCUCCAGUGGGACUUACUGGACAACCUGUAGAUCCUUACAACAUUCGUGUGGAGUGGCAACCUCCAACUAACCCAACUGACGACAUCUAUGGGUACAAAUUGCAAUAUGCGAAGCCAGGAGACAGUUCCCCACAAACUGUGAACAUGGGUAACCCACCUGAUCGUACAUAUAUCUUGAGCGGAGUGUCUCCAGACACACAGUACAACAUGUGGGUGACACCGUAUGGUCCUAGAGGUGACGGACCUCAGAGUCAACAUCUUACAGUACAAACUCAGCCUGUAGAAGGUCCAGGGACCGGCCCAGGAACAGGCACUGAUGGGAGACCAGGUGGACAACCUGGUGCUCCACUUGGAGUAGGUGGGCAUCCCGUGGAUCCCUACAACAUUCGCUUGCAGUGGCGUCCUCCAACUAACCCAACCGAUGACAUUCAUGGAUACAAGUUACACUAUCUCAGGCCAGGAGACAAUACACUACACACUGUUGACAUGGGCAACCCACCCGAUUUUACAUACACCCUACGCGGAGUGUCCCCUGACUCAGAAUACACCAUGCUGGUGACACCGUACGGGCCUAGAGGAGAUGGACCUGAGAGUGAGCCAUUCACUGUUCAAACCCAAAGAGUUGGAGACACUGACGAUUCAACCAGUGCGGUGGUCGACCCUGGUGCCCCACGAGGAGUGCGCGGGCUUCCCCUGAACCCUUACAAUGUCCGUGUCGAAUGGCGACCACCCUCCAACCCAACUGACGACAUCUACGGGUACAAGUUGCAAUAUCAGAAGCCUGGAGACAGUUCCCCAGAAACUGUGAACAUGGGCAACCCACCUGACUCUACAUAUAUCUUACGAGGAGUGUCUCCAGACACACAGUACAACAUGUGGGUGACACCGUAUGGUCCUAGAGGUGACGGACCUCAGAGUCAGCCUUUCACUGUUCAAACACAAGGUGACCCUAGUGGAUCAACAGAUAUGGGUGAACCUGGUGCCCCAGUGGGAGUCACUGGGAAUCCUGUGGAUCCUUACACCAUUCAAGUGGAGUGGCAACCCCCCACCUACCCAAUGGACGACAUUGCUGGAUACAGGUUGCUAUAUGAGAAGGAAGGAGACUCUACCCGUGAAACUGUUGACAUGGGUAACCCGCCCGACCGAACCUACAAUCUCGCUGGAGUGUCUCCAGACACACAGUACAACAUGUGGGUGAUGCCGUACGGCCCUAGAGGCGACGGACCUCAGAGUCGACAGUUUACCGUAAAAACGCAACGUGAGGACCUGGGCAGCAUUGCACCUAAGGGGGCACCAGGAGCAGCCUCAGCUGUCACCAGGGACGCCUCUAGCCUCCUGGUGGAGUGGGAGGCUCCUACCCUACCCGAGGGUUCUCCAGACCUGCUGGGAUACAGGCUAUUCUGGAGGCGGGUUGGAGAGGGAGAGUACCAGACUGUGGAGGUUGGGCCAGGGGAGCUGUCCUACAUCCUGAUGGACCUGGACACCUUCACGGAGUACGAGAUGUACGUUGUCGCCUUCAACGCUAACGGAGACGGACCCAACAGUGACACCUUUACUGCUAUGACCGCUGAAGGAGACGACACUGGUGCUCCCCUGGGAGUGGCGGGAGAGCCAGUUAGCCCUUACAGCGUCCGUAUACAAUGGCGCCCUCCCACAAACCCACCUGAACCCGUCAUGGGCUACCGAUUACUGUACCAGAGAUACGGCGAUGACAAUCAGCAGCUUGUCGACAUGGGACAUCCCGACGACUUCAGCUUCAUGCUGAGAGGUCUCUCGCCCGGCAGCCAGUACGACUUCUGGGUGACGCCGUACGGAAACCGAGGUGACGGUCCAAGGAGCGAGAGGGUGACUCUACAGACACAAGCUCCCGGCUCUGGUGUACCCGGUGCCCCUGUUGGUCUUACGGGAGAAGCGGUGGACUCCCAGAGCAUAACUGUGAGAUGGGAAGCACCAGAGACAACCAUGGGUGUUAUCACCGGAUACAAGAUUACUUACCAGCCUGAGGGGGGCGUACCCGCCGAAGCCUUGGUCCCCGGGUCGGACAGAAGUCACCUUCUGACGGGGCUUACUCCCUACACCGUGUACACCAUCUAUGUUGUCGGUCGCACCUCACAGGGAGAGGGGGAUAGCAGCGACAGUAUCUCGGUCAGGACAUUUGAGGGUGCGCCUGCUCGUCCCGUUGGUGUCAUGGCAAACGCCCUGGAUGCCCAGUCAAUCCAAGUAGCAUGGCAGGAGCCCGAAGUGAACCGUGGCAUCAUCACCGCUUACAACGUGUAUUACCAGCCCGCUUCGACAACCGCUAACCAAGAGCCUAGCAAACAGACAGUUAGCCCCUAUGAGCUCUUCUCCCUGCUCGGGGGAUUGCAGCCAGCCACUGAGUAUGUCAUCAGUGUGGCUGCGAUCACUUCGGCAGGAGAGGGGGAACGAAGUGACAAAGUGACAGCACAGACAAGAGCAGGUGUUCCAGACGCACCAAGUGACUUUGAAGCCGAAGCAGUGGACGCCACGAGCAUUCAAGUUUCGUGGGAGCCCCCAGCAAACACAAACGGAGUACUGCAGGGGUACAAAAUCCUGUACCGCCAGGCUGGUACUGAGGACGUUUCCAUUGCCGAAGUUGCCCCAGCGGCACAAUACCACCUCCUGACUGAACUUCAGCCAUUUACAGUGUACCUCCUUGCCCUGGUAGCCUUCACUGAAGGUGGAGAGGGUGAAACCAGCCCAGAAGUCACGGUACAGACAGAUGAGGAUGUACCCGGCCCCCCACAGGACGUUUUGGUGGAACCUAUCGAUUCAACCUCGAGCAGGGUAGUCUGGCAGCCACCUGCCGAGCCAAACGGAAUCCUGCAAGGUUACAAGGUCCUUUACAAGGACGCUAACGCAGCAGAGUACACAACCCGAGAGGUUGAGCCCACAGAAAUGUCCUAUGUUAUUUCUGACAUGAUUCCCGGGACUGAGUACGUGGUUGCCGUGUUGGCCUUCACCGGUGCUGGUGAUGGCCCUGCCAGUGAAGAAAUCGCAAUUCAAACGGCGGAAGGUGUCCCUGAAGUCCCGACCUCCGUCACGGCUGAGGGAAUUGACGCUAGGUCCAUCCGAGUCAGUUGGCAGGCACCAGCUGAGACAAAUGGAGAGCUCCAAGGCUACUACAUCUACUACACUCCCGAGGGGUCCGACGAGGAGCAGAGGGCACAAGUGGGGCCGACUGACACAUCCUAUGUGGCCAGUGGCCUCCAGCCCUACACUGUGUAUAUCAUAACAGUGAGCGGUUUCACAAGAGCUGGAGAAGGUGACAGGAGUGCCGAAACGAGAGUCCAGACUUUACAGGGCGUUCCGGAAUCACCCACUGGGCUGGGUGCCACUCCUGUUGACCCCCAGACUAUUCGUGUUGAAUGGCAGCCUCCUCAGCAGCCCCAUGGAGAAAUCCAGGGAUACAACAUCUACUACAGGACAACUGAAUCUGAAGCAGAUGUCUUGCAGCAGGCAGGAGCACAGGACAUUUUCCUGAUGCUCACUGGACUCAGGCCUUUCACUGAGUACACCAUAAGGGUCUCUGCUCUCACUGGUGUUGGUGAGGGCCAGACGAGUGACUCUGUGACAGUUUCCACACCGGCUGGUGCUCCAUCGACUCCGAUGGACGUUGAGGCCAAUGCAGUUGAUUCCCAGUCUAUCAGGAUCAACUGGCAGCCACCAGCAGAACCUAAUGGUAACAUUCUUGGCUACAACAUCUACUACACUACUGAGGGAGAAGCCAGCAACAACCAACAGACUGUUGGUCCUGAUGAUACAACGUACGUCAUUGAGGGAUUGCGGCCCUCCACCCAGUAUGCCAUUACUCUUACUGCCUUCACUGAGGCAGGGCAGGGUGAGCGUACAGAGGAGCAGGUUGUGACGACACUCACCGAUGUUCCCGGUGUGCCAGGUAGCAUAGAGGCCAAUGCACUUGACACGACCUCGAUCAGAGUCGAGUGGCAGGCUCCCUCAGAAACCGGAGGAACGCUGUUAGGAUACAAAAUCUACUACCAGCUUGCGGAUGACGACAGUCCAUCCACAGCUGACGUAGAGCCAACCGAGACCUCCUACUUGCUCACAGAGCUGAGGCCAUACAGCCAGUACCUCAUCUGGCUAGUGGCAUACACAGAAGCUGGAGAAGGAGAGAGAACCGAGCAGGUUACUGUUCAAACACCACAAGGGGUUCCUACCGAACCUCGCGAUGUUGUCGCAACUGCCACUGGCCCCACAUCUGCGAUAGUCACUUGGCAGCCUCCGCAGGAAAGCAAUGGUCCCCUGCUUGGGUACAUGGUGUACUAUGUAAACACCGUUGAUGACAAGGUGUCAGUAGUGGAUCUGCCAGCUUCCGAAUUGUCUCAUACAAAUGACGACAUUGAGCCCAUGACUGAGUAUCUGGUCUCAGUGGUGGCCUAUACAUCUAAAGGAGAUGGACUCCGUAGUCAGGAAGUUCCUCUACGAACUGAGGAAGGUGUUCCAGCAGCUCCAACAGACCUUCAGGCAACAGCAGUCGAUGCUCGCACCAUCCAGGUGUACUGGCAGCAACCGCAACAGACCAACGGAGAGCUGCUAGGGUAUAGGCUCUUCUAUCAGGGGUAUGAUGAUGAAGAUGUCACUGCUUUAGAGAUCCCAUCCACCGACUCAUCUUGGCUGCUGUCUGGACUGCAGCCUGCAACUGAGUACCUGAUUUGGGUAGUUGCCUUUACGGGUCCUGGAGAUGGGGACAGGACUGCACAGGUUAUCGUGCAGACUCCAGAAGGGGUGCCAGAUGCUCCCCGCGACAUUGUUGCAUCUGCGACUAACCCGACAACAAUCAGGGUGAAGUGGCACCCUCCCCGACAGACCAACGGCGUUUUGCUUGGGUACAAAGUGUUCUACAAGCACACGGCUGAUGACGAGCUACAAGCUGCUGUAGCUGCCCCUAACCAACUGAACCACACUAACCCUAACGUGGACCCCAUUACAGAGUAUGUAGUUACGGUAUCUGCGUUCACCAGUGCUGGAGAUGGCCCAGAGAGUCGACCAGUUACAGUUCGAACGCAGGAGGGUGUUCCUAGCAGCCCAUUCGGGCUGAACGCCUUUCCAUUGGACACAACCUCGGUCAGUGUAAGUUGGCAGAUACCGUUAGAUCCAAAUGGAGUGAUCGAGGGAUACAACCUGUACUAUGAGGCGGCUGGAAGUGAUGACGAAGAGCUGAUUCAAGUUGGUCCAGAGGAAGGAGUAGACAGCCCCUACGUACUCUCUGGCCUGCAGCCCUACACGCUGUACAGCUUAGAGAUAGCUGGCGUGACCGGUGGUGGAGAGGGAGACAGAAGCGACCAAGUGAAAGUGCAGACACUGGAGGGUGUCCCUUCAACACCCCUAAGUGUGACUGCUGACGGACAAGCCCCUGAUACCGUAGUAGUCACAUGGCAGAGCCCGACUGAGACCAACGGAGACCUGCUUGGUUAUUACAUCUACUACCAAGUUGUGGGAAGCACAGAGACGUCAAGAGCUGAGGCUGGUCCCGACGAAGCGACUUACAGCAUCAGUGGGCUGCGGCCUGCUACAGAAUACAUAAUCACUCUCACAGCUUACACAGAGGGUGGGGAGAGCGAACGUAGUGGGGAUGUUCUGGUUCGCACUUUGAGUGGUGUCCCUUCAACACCCCUAAGUGUGACUGCUGACGGACAAGCCCCUGAUACCGUAGUAGUCACAUGGCAGAGCCCGACUGAGACCAAUGGAGACCUGCUUGGUUAUUACAUCUACUACCAAGUCAUGGGAAGUACAGAGGCAUCAAGAGCUGAGGCUGGUCCCGACGAAACCACUUUCAGCAUCAGUGGGCUGCGGCCUGCUACAGAAUACAUAAUCACUCUCACAGCUUACACAGAGGGUGGGGAGAGUGAACGUAGUGGGGAAGCUCUGGUUCACACAUUAAGCGGUGUCCCAUCCACGCCCCUCGGGGUGAGCGCUGAAGAAAAUGCUCCCGACUCCAUUAUGGUUACAUGGGAGCCUCCAACAGAGUCCAACGGGGAACUGCUCGGAUAUUACAUCUACUACCAAGUUGUUGGAACUACAGAGACGUCACGGGCAGAGGCUGGACCUGACGAUGUAGCCUACAUUAUCAGUGGGCUGCUGCCUGCAACAGAAUAUGUAGUCACUCUCACAGCUUACACAGAGGGUGGGGAGAGUGAACGUAGUGGGGACAUCCUGGUCCGCACAUUGAGUGGUGUCCCACCAACACCCUCUAGUGUGGCAGCUGAAGGGGAAGCUCCUGACAGUAUUAAGGUUUGGUGGCAAUCUCCCGUCUCGCCAAAUGGAAACCUAGACCUAGGUGGUUUCCGCAUCUAUUACCGUGUUCUCGGGACCUCGGAGAAGUCCAGUGCUGAGGCCGGUCCUGAUGACAUGAUGUACAGCAUCCGCGGGUUGCAGCCCGCCACAGAUUACGUAGUUACUCUGUCCUCUCACUCCAUGGGGGGUGAGAGUGAUCGAACUUCGGAAAUCAUAGUUCGCACCUUAAGCAGUGCUCCAUCAACACCCCUGGGUGUAACUGCUGAAGGACAGGCCCCUGAUACGAUUCAAGUGACAUGGCAACCUCCAACCCAGACCAAUGGAGAACUGCUUGGUUAUUACAUCUACUACCGACUUGCGGGAUUCCCAGACUGGUUUCAAGCUGAGGCUGGUCCUGAUGAAACCACUUACAGCAUCAGCGGGCUGCUGCCUGCUGCAGAAUACAUAAUCACUCUCACAGCUUACACAGAGGGUGGGGAGAGUGAACGUAGUGGGGAAAUUCCGGUUCGCACUUUGAGUGGUGUUCCGUCAACACCUCUUGGCGUGACUGCACAAGGAGAAAGUCCGAACACCAUCAUAGUUGCUUGGCAAACCCCAGCUGAGACCAACGGAGAACUGCUUGGUUAUUACAUCUACUACCAAGAAGUAGGAAGUACAGAGACAUCAAGGGCCGAAGCUGGUCCAAAUGAUGCCACAUACAUCAUCAGUGGGCUGCGGCCUGCUACAGAAUACACAAUCACUCUCACAGCUUACACAGAGGGUGGGGAGAGUGAACGUAGUGGGGAAGCCCUGGUCAGCACAUUGAGUGGUGCACCAUCGACACCCCUAAGUGUGACUGCUGAAGGACAAGCCCCUGACACAAUUACAGUCACAUGGGAGAGCCCUAGUGAGACCAACGGAGAACUGCUUGGUUAUUACAUCUACUACCAAGUUGUGGGAAGCACAGAGACGUCAAGAGCUGAGGCUGGUCCUGACGAAACCACUUACAGCAUCAGUGGGCUGCUGCCUGCUACAGAAUACAUAAUCACUCUCACAGCUUACACAGAGGGUGGGGAGAGUGAACGUAGUGGGGAAGUCUUGGUCCAAACUUUGAGUGGUGCCCCAACAACACCCCUAGGGGUGACUGGAGAAGGAGAAGCUCCUGACGCAAUCAGAGUCACAUGGCAGGCCCCGACAGAUACAAACGGAGACCUGGUCGGCUACUACAUCUACUACAAGGUUUUCGACAGCGAAGAGACGCUUAAGGCGGAAGCCGGAUCAUCUGACACAACCUACCUCAUCAGUGGGCUGCGGCCUGCUACAGAAUAUGAAAUGUAUCUAACUGCCUACACUGUAGGUGGUGAGAGCGAGCGUAGCCAGUCAGCGUUCGUUCGCACAUUAGCUGGUGUCCCCGGUGCACCUGCCAGCAUUAGAGCAUCUUCACUCGGCUCUGAAGCCAUUGAGGUGUCUUGGCAACCUCCAUCCCAGUCAAACGGAGAGAUACUGGGGUACCAUCUGCAUUACCAGAUAGUAGGAGAGGAGACCAGUGUCUCGACCCAAGACGUUGAGCGUUACGAGACGUUUUACUUACUGAGGGGCCUUAGGCCGCUCACUGAGUACUACAUCUGGCUUGUAGCCUUCACUGACGCAGGGGACGGAGAGAGGAGCGAACAAGUUACUGUACAAACGGCAGAGGGGGUGCCUGGAGCUCCUAGAGAUGUCCAGGGUCAUGCUGUAGAUCCCACCACUAUUACAGUCGAUUGGCAACCCCCCGUAGAGAUCAAUGGGGUGCUCCUUGGGUACAAGGUGAUUUACAUGCCUGAAAAUGCUGCUGAGUUCUCAACUGUUGAGUUGGGACCAGCUGAGCUGUCCACGAUGCUGCUGGAUUUGGAACCACAGACGACGUAUUCCAUUGUCGUGCUAGCCUUUACGGCGGCAGGCGAUGGGGAUGAAAGCGAGGAAAUCCUAGUCAGCACAUUGCAGGGUGUUCCCGGUGCUCCAACUGAUCUCGCUGCGGUUGAAAAAACGUCUGACUCCAUGAAACUGAGCUGGCAAGCACCCGAGGGCGAUAUCGAAGGGUACAGAGUUUUCUGGACGCUGACCGGAAGCGACACCGAGGAAACUGUUGACACGAGAUCACCCGAUGCAUCAUGGUCUCUGACCGGACUUCAGCCGUUCGGAGAGUACUCUGUUUCAGUUCUAGCCUACAACUCAGCGGGCGAUGGUGAAAGAAGUGAGACAAUCACGGUGCAAACAGAAGAGGGUGUCCCCGGAGCCCCACGUGAAGUUCAGGGGAUCGCCAUAGACUCAACAACAAUCGAGCUGCAGUGGAUGCCGCCAUCACCAGAUGAACAAAAUGGUGUGAUCCAGGGGUACAAAAUCUUGUACAAGAAGGUUGGGGAAGAAGGGGAGAACGAAGAAGACGCCGGCCUGCUUGACUUGAUGUACACUUUGUCUGAUCUGGAGAAGUGGACAGAGUACAACAUUUGGGUGUCCGCCUACACCAGUGCAGGGGAUGGCUUGAGAAGUCCAGUCAUAGUAGUCAGAACAGGAGAAGAUGUUCCUGGUCCUCCCAUCGGCAUUGAGGCACGUCCUGGAGAUGACUCCGCUAGUGUACUUGUACAAUGGCAGCAGCCGAUUGUACAAAACGGAGUCAUAGUCGGUUACAAGAUCUUGUACCAGAAGUCGGGUGACGAAGACGUGGAAGUUGCUGAUAUCGGGACGCCGCAGUUGGCUUUCACCCUAAGCGGUCUGGACUGGGACGACUACAACGUUUGGGUCGUGGCGUACACGGGAGCUGGAGACGGGGAUAGAAGUGACCCAGUUUUAGUUCGGCCGGCGGAGGGCGUUCCCGGACCACCGAGCGCGGUGUUUGCUACUGCCCUGGACUUCGAUACCGUGGAGGUGCGCUGGCAACCUCCCCUCUACAUCUACGGUCGACUGUUGGGUUACAAGGUCUUGUAUAGGUCAGCGAACGAGAUAGAAAACCAAGUUGUUGUCACCCCGACAACAAAACCUUCCUUUACGCUCCCUGGACUUAAGGCAGACACCAUCUACAUCUUCUCUGUGGUCGCUUACACUAUGGCUGGAGAUGGCCCACGGAGCAAUGAGUUUGUUGUUCGAACCCUUGAGGGUGUUCCUGGGCCAGCUCAAAGCCUAUCAGGGCUGGUGUGGGAUUCGCAGAGCGUUCAGCUUCGCUGGCAGCCACCCUAUAACGCUCACGGACAAAUCCUUGGGUACAAAAUCUUCUAUCAGAAGAUGGGGCAGAUCGCACCGAGCGUUGAAGACACGCAAUCCACGGGGCUGGUCUAUAAACUAACUGGACUGAAGAAGUGGACAGAAUACAUCAUCUCUGUCGCUGCUUAUACCAGCAGAGGCGACGGAAUGAAAAGCAAUAUGAUCAUCAUUCGCACCAUGAAGGACGUUCCUGGAGCGCCAGAAGAUGUCCAAGGGAUCGCUCAAGGUUCCGACGCACUACGUGUGACGUGGCAACCCCCGACAGAUCGCAAUGGCGUGAUCCAAGGCUAUAAGGUUUACUAUGCAAGGAUGGGCACAGAGGACUAUACCGAAAUCGACACAGAAAAUACCGAGCUCUCCUUUGAUCUGUCCGAACUCAGACCGUGGACCAGCUACACGUUCUCUGUGUCUGCCUAUACAAGCGUAGGAGAAGGGCCGCAAAGUAGUCAGGUGACCACAAGGACAGAAGAGGGUGUGCCUACCGUAGGCCCAGGCAACCUGAAUGCAGAAGCAGUGGACGCUGAAUCCAUCCGUGUGUCCUGGACAAGAAUAUCAGAUGCUGAGGCCGGAGGGGCCCUACAGGGGUACCAGGUCUUCUACCAAGCCAUAGCUGCUGACGGGGCUCUGGAAAUCAGCGACGCGCAGGUUUACAAAGUGGAGGGUGCAGACACUUUGGAGGCUACCCUAACCGGCCUGGAGGCUGGCACCAGGUAUGCCAUCACAGUCAGCGGCUACACCAGCAGUGGAACAGGUAUUCGCGCAGAUCUGGUAGAGGCAACGACCCAAGUCGGCAUCCCUUACCCCAGCCCCAGCGACUGUGGCCAGGUGGUGGCCAAUGGGGAGACAGAGAGCGGUCCCUUCACUGUCUACCCCUCGGACGGCGGUGAGCCCAUUGAGGUCUGGUGCGACAUGGAGACUGAUGGCGGAGGCUGGAUCGUUUUCCAGAGACGGCAGGAUGGCUCUGUAGACUUCUGGAGACGGUGGAGAGAGUACCGCGCAGGAUUCGGAGAAAACACAGGAGAAUUCUGGCUCGGAAAUGACAACAUCCACAGAUUAUCUGCCCAAGGAGAUUACCAGCUGCGUAUAGACUUGGCCGACGGUGCUGACGCCGUGUACGGGCAGUGGGAAAACUUCAAACUGGGCUCAGAGUCAGACCUAUACAAGCUCAACAUCGGGGAAUAUUCCGGCACAUCAGGCGACUCCCUCACUUACCACAACAACAGGCCUUUCUCUACGAGGGACAAGGAUAAUGACGUCGCCCUCAGCCACUGUGCCUUUGCGUACCACGGAGCGUGGUGGUACAAGAACUGUCAUCGUAGCAACCUGAACGGCCAGUACGGCGACAACACGCACAGCCAGGGCGUCAACUGGUACCACUGGAAGGGCCACGAGAAGUCCGUUCCGUUUGUCGAAAUGAAAAUGAGGUCCAUGGAUUUUAAGACAAAAUAUGCAAGAGCAGAGUAAGGUGAUGCUUUUUCUGUGUUAAAAAUGCAAAAGACAGGUUCAAGAGAAACUUUAAAACUAUCUUAAAGCUUUGUCAAAUGAUGUAACAUCUACAGCCUUGCUUCUAUGUUUGUUUGAAAACUUUAAGCU